UUUAACCACCGCUUCCUUUCAACCGAAAUGGAUAUGGAAUCCCUGUACGACUACGGGGACGAGGAACAGGACUUCUACGAGGAGAGUCCCGGCACCAGGAAGGGCUACCCGAUCGAUCACAGAUCCAUCAAGCGCGAUGCUAGAGGCGUGGGCAGCUAUCUGGGAGGCGGCGGCAUUAACGACGGCGGCGGCAUGGUGACGGUUAUGGCGAAGCUGAUGAAACAGGAGCUGGCCUCCGACGCGGAGGAAGAGGGCCUGGUGCCUGCCCUCUCCGGCAGGUUCACCUCGAUGCGGAAGGUGCCCUCUCUCUCCGACCUGUCCGAUCCCGAGAGCUCCCUGGAUAUCCCGGCGCAAGUGCCGCCGUUAACACCUGGGACCAACAAGAAGAUGACCGAGGCCCUGGAGGCCUCUUUCGCCUCGUGGGAGAAGGAACGUGUUCGCCUGAACAUCACCAAAGACCCGAGGCAAUGGUCGGAAGCAGCUGUCGCCCACUGGCUGCACUGGGCGAUCGGCGAGUUCUCGCUGGAGGGUGUGGCGAUGCAGCCCUGGCAGCACAUGACCGGCAAACAGAUUUGUGCCAUGGGGAAGGAGUCGUUUUUGGCACGUGCGCCGGCGUUCAUGGGCGACAUCCUCUGGGAACACCUCGAGAUCCUCCAGAAAGAUGUCGACGCGGCGAAGGCCUCGCUGGAGAACGCGCCGAGCAGCAUGUACGAAAGCGUAUGCGUGCCGGAUUUAGGGGAUUUCUUGGGAUACCAGGGCGCGGCCCAUCAGCCGGCUGCUACGCCGGAGCACAAGAGCCCAGCGACGCCCUCCUCGAGUUCCGUCACCUCGAACACCUCGGGCCCUCCUCGGUCGGGGACUCAGCCGACGUCGUCGUCCACGUUGCCACCGCCCUCCGCCGCAGUUUCUCUACCCUCGAGACAGUAUCAUAACGAUGGAGGCUACAACCACUUACGCAGUCCCGUGUGCCAAGACGAGAACCAGAGAGACGAGACCUCGCCGCCGCCACCGCAUAGCCAUAGCACUCAAGCACCGAACUCUCAUUCCAGUACGCCGAACAGUAACAAUAAUAACAAUAACAACAACACCGCGAACAACGCGUACAUUCAUCUACGGAACUUAAAUCAACUCAAAACGGAGUCGAACUACAGCAAUCACCAUAUAACGGAGCACCUGCAAGGGGGUGGCGGAGCAUUGACGAGCGGCAAUGAUCUCGCGGGCACAGGGACCAACGAGAGCGACCUCAGGGUCAGCCAAGCCGCCACGGAGAGCUAUAUGACACCGGCUCACUAUUCCGGGUACGACGAGACCUCCGAGUACCACAGCCUGCCGCAGGACCAUCAGCCGCCCCAUCCCUACAAUCUAGACGGUUCGCCAGAGUUUUACAGCACCAGCGGAAUUCAGCUCGAGCCGAAGUAUCAACCGUCCCCGUUCAAGAACUAUCCACGCGGUCGCUACCACGAAGGCUACAGCGAGAGUGGAUACGGACAGUACGAUGCGACGCCAUUCCAAACGGUUCCCGGAAGCGGAAGCGGCGGUGGAGCUGGCGGCGUCAGCGGUGACCAAUGGGGCGUUGGUCCCAUCGGAGAACACCUGUCCCAUCACCCCGCGUUCCUCGCGAGCCUUGGUCCCAGGGAUUCCUCUAACCCCCAUCAUCCCUCCUCAAUCGGCAACAACCCCGACCAGAAGCCCUUGUUACAGAGCGCGAUGAUCGCUGGUUAUACAAACAGUGGACCGUGCUUCACCGGUUCAGGCCCCAUCCAGCUGUGGCAGUUCCUGUUGGAGCUCUUAACAGACAAAUCCUGCCAAGGGUUCAUCUCGUGGACCGGGGACGGAUGGGAGUUCAAGCUGACAGACCCGGACGAGGUGGCGCGUCGUUGGGGUAUUCGCAAGAACAAGCCUAAGAUGAACUACGAGAAACUGAGUCGUGGUCUUCGCUACUAUUACGACAAGAACAUUAUCCAUAAGACCGCUGGGAAGCGGUACGUCUACCGUUUCGUCUGCGACUUGCAGAGCCUGCUAGGAUACAGUCCGGAGGAGCUUCACGCAAUGGUGGACUUGAAACCAGAGAAAAAGGAAGAAGACUGAGUUUUUGUUACCGAGAAUGUUGUUUAAGGACUGUAUCGUUGAUCGAGGAAUAUCUCAAUUGAUUCCUGGAUAUCGGACUGGAACAAAGACGAAACUUGACCAUGUAACGAACAAUGUGUAAACGAACAAACGAUGGAGGAACAAAAGCAAGACAGUGCAUUAUCGCUAACGAAUCAAUUCUUUGAACACGUAUCCCGGGAGACACGGGGAGGCCGCACUCUCCGCGUUCAGAUAUAAUAAGAAAAAUCGAAUCGGUCGUAUGUACCAAAGACAGGGUCUGCAUACCAUUGGUGCCUAAAGAUAAUGACAACAAAAAAUUGUGAGAAUUUGUUUCUAAGUGAUUCAUUUGCCAAGCCAGAUUUUAGAAGAUAUUUAUAGGAAAUAACUCAACAAUUUAUACAUAUUAUAUAUAUAUAUAAAUAAAUAUACAUAUAUAAAUAUAUAUAUAUAUAUAAAUAUAUAUACGCAUAUAUAUGUAUAUAUAUAUUUUUAAUGUUACAUGAUUUCUAAGCACUACGUCAAGCCACACGAUACGUCUAAAUUAUUUAUGUAUGUCCCCCAUCAUUUCAAACGUGCGUGUUAUAUCUCGUUGAUAGAUGACACCAUAUGUGAUUGUUAUUACUAUAAUUUUACUACAAUAAAGCCAUCAAUACCAUUUUAUUAGACGGCGAGCUUUCAAUCCGAUAUUUUCGAUGCUUUUCCACGUGUAUAUUACUCGCUAAGUUCUUCUAAUUUUUUUUAGUAUUACGAGUACCGACUUUUUCCGAGCUCGCUACAACCGCAACAACCAGAACAACUGUAAACACACUCGUUUUAUUCCGUUCUCUCUCUCUCUCUCUCUCUCCCUCCCCCUCUUCUCUCUCCCCCUUUCCCUCUUCCUCCCUCUCACCCCUCCUCACUCUCUCUCAUCCUCUCUCUUUCUCUCUUUUUCUCCUCUACUAUCACUUUCUCGAAAUGUCUGAUAUGCGACCGGAUCAGCCAGGUUCGGGAAAAAUUAGGAUAAUUAUAAUCGUCUCGGGUGCGAGAAAAAGUAUACCGUUAAUUCCGCUGUGAGUUGUAUGUUCUGGCGCGUCUUUAUUUCAUAACGGAAUCGUUUCGUUUCGUUGAUCUCCAAUUAUUUCCUAACAAUUAAAGAAAAAAAAAAGUGAACGAAAUUCGAAGGAAAGGGCGACGUGCAACCAGUGUUCAAGAUCACGUGCGCCUAACAAUCGUAAUCGCGACAGAGAAUCUGAAACACGUGUGUGUCUGUGAUGAUUAAACUGUCGGUGAGUUAUACAGAUUUCCUUCCUGACGACUCUCGGAAAGCGACCACCCACGGGUACAGUGUUUUGGCAUCGGGGAGACUCCAUUCUUUUUAUUAGCCGUGGUAUAAAAUAAUUAAGGGACGCCGGCAGAGAUUGCUAAACAAUUUUCUCAAUGCUUGAGAAUGAUUGUAAAAGAAUAGAUUCCUUUUUAUAUUCAUAUUUUCUUUUUAUAUAUGGCAAGUUUUACUAUUCUAUUUGUCUCUGCCGUGAAUACAAACAAUUUUCACGACAAAUAUACGAAUAAUUAUAAUGACUGAAUCACGAUGAUUACAUUUUACCAGGGGUGGUAUUUGAAGUACCGUCUUAGUGCUCGUAAUACUGUGUACGCACGAGGAACGAAGCGUCUGCUUUUCCAAGGAGAAAAAAGAUUAGGAGAAAAGUUAUUCUUCCAAUGUAUCAGAAAAGUGUGAGCCGCGAGAGACACAGCAAUAACUAAAGUAGACGUUUUCAUGGGAUGCUUUUCGCGAUCUUCAAUGUAUAUAUAUAUAAUGUGUACACGUCCGAUGCGUAAGAACACUGGUCGAAGCGUGUGUGUUAGAGAGAUGGAAUUAUUCGCAGGUAAACGUUAACUCGAUUAGCUUUUCUGCGUGAUUCACCUUAUCUGAACGAUCGUAUUUUUAUUAAUACUUCUUUUUUUGUCUUUUUAAUUAUACAUUGUAAAAACGUUGUUCUGUUGGACGUAAUAUUUGUAAUAAUAUCGAUUAUAUUGAUCCGUUACGACGAAUGAGAGAUCGGGAGUAAACAUUUUUUACGCGCGUUACGUGCCCCAAUGCGUACGUAUGUAACUACGUAUUUCUACGUAAAUUAAGCUUCCCUUUUAGUUGCGUUUUGUUGAACGUUCGCAUGAAAAGAUGAAUAACUAAAAAAAAAAAAAAGAAAAAAAACACGAGGGUAAAACGACGUUCGAUGGUAAGUGCUGUAAAAGACAAACUCAGGAACCGUAAUUCGAUCUAUCUUAAUUAGGAAAAUUUCGUUGGCACGUCCGCCACUGAAACCUUUCUGAAACUUUUAAAUCAGAGUCGGGUACUAAUUUUUGAUUUUACCGAUCAAUUAAUAAUAUUAACCGUUAAACAUUGAUCGUUAACUUUUAAUCAAAAUUUGAAUCGACUAAGUAGAACAGCUAAUUAUAUGUAUACAUCGAUGUAAUGUAAUUAAUUUAAUGAUUAAUGCAAUUGACGAUUAAGUACCCUACUUUUAGGUAAAUGCGAUGAUAUAUCAGUUGCAUUACAAGUUUAAUCGUUAAUUGCAAUUGAUUAUCAAAUAUUUCAAUUGUGAUAGCUGAUCGUUAAUUGCAUUAAAUGUUGCCCAAUCUUUGAUUUAAAUAACAGUAGGAGUAGUUGAAAGGAUUUCGAAGCUGAUAAAUGAACAGCGGCGAACGUGUUAACUUUAUACCGGCGCCGGAUAUAUUGACAUACCCGUUACAGUUGUUAAGUUUUUCUACACGUAAGGCGGAAUAUAAUUUAGGCACGUCUGUUAUUAAUUAUCAGAACGUGAUCAACAGUGUAAUAAUUUUCGAAAGCGACUCACGAACGCGAACGUCGAACGAAAUCAAUAGGAGUCAUCACGGCAUAUGCAUUUCGAAUUUCUACGAGCAUCAAUAGGAUACCACGCGUUGCACACGUACAUAUACACCACGUCAUUAAUGAUUCGAAGUCCUUCCUUUUGCGCACACACAAUUAAACGUUCGUAAAUUGUAUUCGAAAUACUCUUAGCCGGAUAAAGAAAAAACCGAGAGAAGUCGUUAUCGUAUAAACACCCACGUAUUCUGUGUGUAAAAGUAUGCGAUCAUCGUUUUCCACGAUUUAUGCGAAUGCGAAGCUGCGACAGCGCGACAUGUGAAAAUUCUUCAGUAGUUGCAAUAAAAUAAAGAAAUUUUUAUAAAUAUGUCCGUA